GCGGGGCGGGGCAGAAAGUGGGGGCCAAGACACGCAGGCGCAAUCGUGCUCCAGCGGCGUCCUGGCCUCCCAGCCUCCCUGUCACGCAGCCCGAUGCUGCGGAGGCGGUGGCGGCUGCGGCUGGACGCUGGCUUCGUCGCCGGUCACCAUCGCACCCUUAGCUGCCGCACGGAGGCAAAAAUGCCGCCGCCGGGUCGGAGUCAGCUCUGGCUAGGCCUGGUCCUGGGCUCUGUCUGCGCCUCGCUAGGGUCUGCCGUGCCAUCCAACGCCCAAGAUGCUCUGAAUGUCCUUCUAAUCAUCGUGGACGACCUGCGCCCCUCCCUGGGCUGUUAUGGGGACAAGCUCAUAAGGUCCCCAAACAUCGACCAACUGGCAUCCCGCAGUCUCCUCUUCCAGAAUGCCUUUGCCCAGCAAGCAGUGUGCGCCCCGAGCCGCGUGUCCUUCCUCACCGGGAGGAGACCCGACACCACACGCCUGUAUGACUUCAACUCCUACUGGAGGGUACACGCUGGAAACUUCUCCACCAUCCCCCAGUACUUCAAGGAGAAUGGCUACGUGACCAUGUCGGUUGGAAAAGUCUUUCACCCUGGAAUAUCUUCUAAUCACAGUGAUGAUUCUCCAUAUAGCUGGUCUGUUCCACCUUAUCAUCCAUCCUCUGAACAGUAUGAAAAUACCAAGACAUGUAAGGGGCCAGACGGAGAACUCCAUGCCAACCUGCUUUGCCCUGUGGAUGUGGCAGAAGUACCCGAGGGUACUUUGCCUGACAAACAGAGCACUGAGGAAGCCAUACGAUUGUUGGAAAAGAUGAAAUCAUCUGCCAGUCCUUUCUUCUUGGCUGUUGGGUAUCACAAGCCUCACAUCCCCUUCAGAUACCCCAAGGAGUUUCAGAAGUUGUACCCCUUGGAGAACAUCACCCUGGCUCCCGAUCCCCAGGUCCCUGCUGGCCUCCCUCCUGUGGCCUACAACCCCUGGAUGGACAUCAGGCAGCGGGAGGAUGUCCAAGCUUUAAAUCUCAGUGUGCCCUAUGGCCCAAUUCCUGUGGACUUUCAGCGGAAAAUCCGCCAGAGCUACUUUGCCUCUGUUUCGUACCUGGAUACGCAGGUUGGCCAACUUCUGAGUGCUCUGGAGACUCUUCAGCUGGCAAACAGCACGAUCGUGGCAUUUACCUCAGAUCAUGGGUGGGCUCUAGGCGAACAUGGAGAAUGGGCUAAAUACAGCAAUUUUGACGUCACUACUCGCGUGCCCCUGAUGUUCUACGUUCCAGGAAGGACGGCCCCGCUUCCAGAGGCAGGCGACAAGCUUUUCCCUUACAUCAACCCUUUUGAUUCCGUCUCAGCAUUGAUGGAGCCAGGCCGGGAAGCUGUGGACCUCGUGGAACUUGUCUCUCUCUUCCCCACGCUCGCCGGACUUGCGGGCCUGCACGUUCCACCUCGCUGUCCCAUUCCCUCAUUUCACGUGCAGCUGUGCCGAGAAGGCCAGAGCCUUCUGAAGCAUUUUCGAUUCCAGGACUCGGAGGAGGACCUGGCUCUCCAUGGUAAUCCCCGUGAGUCGAUUGCCUAUAGUCAGUACCCCCGGCCUGCAGAUGCUCCUCAGUGGAAUUCUGACAAGCCGAGCUUAAAAGACAUCAAGGUCAUGGGCUAUUCCAUACGCACGAUAGACUAUAGGUAUACUGUGUGGGUUGGCUUUAAUCCCCACGAAUUUCUGGCUAACUUUUCUGAUGUCCAUGCAGGGGAACUCUAUUUUGUACAUUCUGACCCUUUGCAGGAUCACAACGUGUAUAAUGACACCCAAGGUGGAGACCUUCCCCAUUCAUUGACACCUUGAGUUGUGCCAACCACUGAGGGCACAUAUAUAAUGUGCUGCCGUCCAGCUGGUGAGAGAAGGGGUUAGAGCUAGUCAUUUUCUGAUUAACCAUAAUAUUGGCAGCAGCCCGAGGGGCACGCAACACAACAUACAUUGACGCUUUGGCCUAAGAAUGUGUAACAGGCAAAUCUUUGAUUUGGUCUUUAUUAAUUUCUAAUCGGUAACUGAACUGGGGCUGGGCUGAACCUUUUCUUUCCUUUUUAUCUUUGAAUGGUCGUAUUUUUGAACAGCUUCAUUAUUGAAUGAAUAAGUAUAGAGUGCACAAACCAGAAGGGUGAAACCUUUAGUUAUCAAGACCAUAAUAACCAAACAUAAUACUAUUCUCAAGUAAUACCUUAAUUAUUUGUGGAAUUUAGUGCACUUCAUAGAGUAAGCAUAUACCCAACUAGGUUUGAUACUGAGUUCCUGGUUCUUCCAUUUAUAAUGUAAUAAUAUUUCUUAUUCAGCCCAGUGUAUUAAAAUACUAUGUCAACAUGUAAUCCAGGUUUCUCUUUGAAGAUGUAAAAUUAAAUAAUAAUGCUAGAUGCCAAGGCCUUGAAUAUUUUGUCUUCAGUUUUUGUUUCUAAGAUCAAAACAUUUCAAAAUUCAAAGAUGAAACGUACAUGAAGAGAUUAAUGUGUAAUUUCUACUUCAAAUCAUAAAUCAUGCUCGGUAAGCUAGAGGCAUGAGAUAUAUGGGAAACUCAAUUCAAAUUUUUAGAGAUUUCUUGGCCCAAAUAGUAAUUUGUUAGUAAACAAUAUGACCUUUGAACCCAAAGUCCAUCUAUUAAAAGGCAAUGUUAUUUGCAAUGGAAAACAUUUAGAGACCUAGCUCUAUCCAUGAAUUGAGGCAUUCACAACCUUAGUAGUUUUCUUCUUCAGGGCUGGUUACUUGCUGACAUCCAUUUAUGCAGUAGGCAGGAAAUAUUCUACUUUUAAUUGCCGAGUAAAGGCAACAUUAAUUUUAUUAAAUUCUGAAGUAUUUUGAGGAUUGUGAAAACUGUUCAUUAGUAUAAUAUUAGGUCAUUUCAAAUCCCCCAGAAUGUAGUUCUAUGUUCCCUAAAGAUGAAAGUAACCAAAAAGGCAGGUGGUCCUGACAAGCUUGGCCUAUGUCAUCUUAAAAAGGAUAGAAUAUGCACAACUCAUAUUUAGAACAUGUUGAAGCUGAUCAAUCAUCAGGAGUUAUCAGAAGAGUCAACCGUUUUUUCAAUAAACAUCUAAGAUAGUCGUGUAUCAAAGUGAGUAUUUUUCAGUCAUUCUCUCUUUACAGGUACUUCAGUGUUUAAAGGGAAAUAUUUGUGAAACAAAAUACAGCAUAGUAGCAUAAGUUACUAAAGGGUAUUUUAUACCAUGGCAACGAAAAAGGGCAAGAUAUUGAUUGUAUAAAAAAAUUACUUCAAUUCAGUGAAAUUUCAGAAAGUGUUUUCUGUAUUCACUAAUUAGCCUGCAAUAGAGGUAUAUAUAGUAACACAAGUAUCUUCUAAGUGAUGAAGUGACUGAAUGUUCUGGCAACAACAGUUUCUACUUGUGGUGUGAAGGCCCUACUCAUGGAUCCUGGAGCUUAUGUCUCUUGUAGAAACCUCAACUUUAUGUAUGGUUCCCUUCAGCCUUUUCUUUCUCCUUCUUUAUCCUUUUGUGGCUCUUAUCACUUCCACAGAGAUUUUUACAAUCCUGUCUAUAAAUUCCUCCUGACAUAUUUUUAGUAUAUUUAGCUUUAUAUCCUACUCCACAGUUACAGUAAGUUUUAACACAGGGUUUUAUUUCACAUUCACUCAUUGCUCCUGUUGGCUACAGUACGUACAUGUGAUCAUUUUUCUGCGCUUUAUUUCUUGAAGCACAGUUUUAGUAUCAAAAAUCUUCAAAUUCUGGUCUUGCUGAGGUUGUAAGCUGAACUCUGCUGGGAGACGGUCAAGCAACAUGCACGUAGGAUGUGCAGCUGCCAUUUUGGCAGUAAUUCGCCUGCAUGACCAAAUCUGCAUCCAGCUCUGCCUCUGCAUGGGUUGCUUUUGCAUGUGGAUCUGUCUCUACUGGAAGUGCAUCUAGCUUAUCUGUUCUACCCAAGGGCGUAGCCUCAGAAUGCUUCUGCUCUCCUAUGGCUGUAAUUUUUCUUGGCUUCCCUUUACAAAUCUAUCAUUUUAGAAGUGAAGAAGCCUGCAUUUCAAGUUCCGCAGUGGGCUCUUGCAAUCAUCGUAUGAGUUACGGUUGCUUUUUGCAUUUUUGACACUGAACCCAAUUUAGAGCCACUUUUGUUGCCUUUUGCAUGUCUCCAAUACACAUUGGGAUGAGCGGCCACUUUGUGGUUUUCAGAUAUCACAGCUGCUCGUGUUCCUUAUCUUGACUUGACCAAGAAAAACCACACGUGUUGCUUUUCAUAACCUUUCUCCUUUCCUAUUGAGCUGGACAUCUAUUAUUAAUGGUUCUCCAGUCUCUUGAUUUGUAGAAAAUCCCAUUUCACUCCAGCAGUUCUUUCGUAUAGUUCAUUUGAAACGUGUGACCCCAGACAUUUUGAAUGGCCCUAAUUCCGUUCUCACAAACAUGAGGGUGUGUCAGAACCACCUGAAGGGCUUGUCAACUCCAGCGUGCUGGGUCCUGCCUAACAGAGGAUCUGAUUCAGUGCAUCUGAGAUGGGGCCUGAGAAUUUGCAUUUCUUCCACAUCACGCUGCUGCUCUAAAGACCCCACUUUGAGAACAACUUUCCCUUCAUUUGUGCUGUCCAGUAGACACUAGGUACAUGUGUCUAUUUAACUUUACAUUAGUUGAGAUGAAAUCAACAUUUCAAAAGCAGAAUCCCAGUUGCACUUGCCAUAUUUCAGUGCUCAAUAACCACAUGUGGUUAUUAGCUACCAUAUCGGACAGUGCAGAUCUAGAAGCUUUCUGUCGUGGCAGAAAGUUGAAUGGAGCUGCCCUAGGUUCCCUCUGAAUUUGAGCUGGAUCCACAUGGCUGUUGGCAAGUUCCACCUGUGGGCUGAUUCUCUACCCUGUGUUUGCCUGCAGAGACGUGUCUGGAGGUGAGUGAAGUGUAAGGUGAGUUUGCCUGGAGGUGAGUUUGGUGUAAGGCUAGCAUAGGGAGUUCACUCUGGCAAUCAGCCUCUUCCUCUCCACUCCCAUGGCCAUGGCCCCAGCCUUUCCAAGUAGUUUACCCACCCUUCCUCUUUCCUCCCUGGUCCCUCAAAAAUCCAUGUGUCUUCCUGAAAUCCCUCUCUGGUCCUACCCCUUGAGAACACCAAUAGUGCCUAUGACUAGGUCUACACAGACCUUCACUGAGAAAUCAGCGUCUUCCCUGACUCCACGAAGCCCCUUUCCUCGGUUGACCAGUUUCCAUACUGGUCCCAAACUCUCCUUUGCCAAUCCCGACCUGCCCGUCCACCCCUAGGUUAUCCCCUCUUCCCUUCACCAUGCUUUCAUGACCAUUCUUCAUAGCCUGCUCCCAUGGUCCCACCUCAAGGAGGCUGAGGGUUUGUGACUCUCUAGACGGCAUCAUGGGAUGAAAUGAACAUUGCUCAAUAAUCUUGGUCCCCUUACUUGAGAAAAGGCAUGGUUUUCUGGUCACAAAAUGGUGUUCACUGUAGAAAAAUUGGGAAACAGAAAUGUUGUUAAAGAAGACGCAGCAGUGUUUUACCCCAAGAUAGUUGCUUGAUGUCUAGUGUGGGGGGUGUGAGUUUUUUAUGCUGUUGUGAUCAUACUUUAUGCUUUCUCAUGCAAUUUUAUAUUCUUGUUUUUUCACUAAGUAUUACAUGUGCUGCGUGCAGAUUUUUGCAAAGGUACUUUAUACUGCUAGCAAUGUUUUAUUGUGUUGUGUUUAUUGUAAUUUACAUAACCUUCUUUCAAUUAUUGGGAAUUUACGUGAUUUCCAAACUUUCAGUAUUGUAAAUAAUGCUGUGAUGAACAACUUUGUGAAUAAAAUGUUUUUAUGUAUUUCAAAAUACUCCCUUAGGUUAGUCUCUUAGUGCUCAAUGGUCGAAAGCUUCUGUUUUGCUCCUCUCCUCACUCUGCUGCUGCCUUAGGGUAAUAACACUGAAACUAAAGCAAAGAAGCACACAAAUUAAAAACCAUAAACCAAAAAAACAAGCCAAACAAAACACCGCACCCCUAACGAUAAGAAGUGAAAGUGGUAUCCUGUUUAACCUUCUAAUUCUUUGCUUAUGGGUGACCUUGAUCAUGUUCUGUCAGUACGAUUGUUGGGCAUUCCAGUGUGUGAAUUGCCUUUGAAUUUUAGUAUUGGGUUUCACUUUUUAAGUAAUCAAACAAAUCGCUCUUUUCCUAUGUGAUUUUUCCCGUCUGGUUCUGUUAAACAUGGAGACCCCUUCCAAUCGGAAGUUUGAAUAAAUUUUCCUUUUCCUUUGCUUUUUGUUGUUUGGUUUUAUACUGAUUUAUGCUAUGUCUCUUUCCCAUUACCAAAGUAACACGUGCUCGUUGUGGAAAAUGUGGUAAAUGGUAGUGAUGAAAAGAAGCCCACCCUCCAGAAUAUAGCCAGUAUUGACAUUUGCAUGUUUCUUUCCACUCUUUGUCCUGCCCGCAUACAUACGUCCAGAUAAUGGACAUUUUAAACUUUCAUAUGCAUUCGUUUAAAUUGUGGUAAAAUACACGUAACAUCAAAUUCAUCGCCUUAAACAUUAUUAAGUGUGAAGUUCAGUGACGUUAAGUAGCUUCACACUGUUAUUACACUGCUGUCACCGACAUCCACCUACAGAACUCUUUCCCUCUUGCAAAACCAAACCUCUGUUCCUCACUCACCCCCCAUUCUUCCCCUGCCCCU